ACUUUCCUGCGCCUCCACUGAAGAAGGACCAAAGGACUCGUGUGACGUAUUUCAUCUGCGCCAGAAGGAGCGGUAACGUCGAGGAAAACAAAUGAUCCAGUUCUGUUCAUCUGUCUUUUUAUUGUAUUCCCGCAUAUUUGCUUGAAUUUCUUAAUCAGGACAGAUUUCACGGCGAAUAACGAUUAGUAUGGCGUUAAAAUCUGGAGAGGAGCGCCUGAAGGAGAUGGAGGCUGAGAUGGCGCUGUUUGAGCAGGAGGUGUUAGGAGGACCUGUGGCACCUACAGUGGUUGAAGCUGUGCCAGUCGCUCUGGCAAUGCCAGCCGUACCCAUCAUCAGGCCCAUCAUUGGUACAAACACCUACAGAGAGGUCCAGCUGAGUUUGGAUGCAAGAGCUGCCACUUUUGUUGGUCCUCCACCUACAUUUGUUGGUCCUGCUAUGCCGGCAAUAGCGCCUCCUCCAAUGAUGCGUCCAGCAUUUGUCCCGCACGUCUUACAGAGACCAGGGGGUCAGAGAAUGCCAUUAAUGCGUGGUCCACCUCCUCAGGGCAUGAUAGCACCUCCUCUUCCCAGACCGCCACCUCCUCCACCCAUGAUGAUGGCUCCUCCUAUGUCAGGACCCCCUCAGCCCCCCAUGGCUCCAGUUGGACCACCCAUGGGACCCAUGCCGCUAGUUGGAAGCAUGAACCCUAUGACAUCGGCACCACCUCGGCCCAUGCCUCAAGACCCUCCAAAGAUCAGUCCCAGUGUUAUACAGGCGGCCCCCACUGUUUACACAGCACCUCCUGCGCCUAAGAGAACUGACUUCAAGAGCCAGAAACAAGCACGCAUGGAGGAGUUGUCAGCGUUGGUGGCAGAGCAGCAGGCCGCAGUCAUGGCAGCUGGGCUUCUGGAAUCAAAGAAGGAGGCUGUCACCGAUGACAGCGUGAUUGGGCCGAGCAUGCCGGAGCCUGAACCUACACAUGUGGAGCCUGCUGAAACUAGCACAGAAGAUAAGAAGAAAGGAAAACAGGAAAAGGUGAAGAAAUGCAUCCGGGUUGCAGCUGGUGUCACAUGGGAGGACACCAGCCUGUCAGAGUGGGAUUCAGAUGAUUUCCGGAUAUUUUGUGGCGAUCUGGGGAAUGAGGUGAAUGAUGACAUUCUGGCGAGAGCGUUUAGCCGUUAUCCAUCCUUCCUGAAGGCGAAGGUUGUUCGUGACAAACGCACUGGGAAAACAAAGGGUUAUGGCUUUGUGAGCUUUAAAGAUCCCAAUGAAUAUGUGCGCGCCAUGAGAGAAAUGAACGGGAGGUAUGUGGGCAGCAGACCCAUCAAACUGAGAAAGAGUUCAUGGAAGGAUCGUAAUCUGGAGGUCGUGCGCAAGAAACAGAAGGAGAAAAAGAAGUUGGGACUGAGAUAAUCCAUCUGUACUGAAACUGCGGACUCGAUUUGUGUGUGUGUCACCCAGGACCUGUAUAAUGGAGUAGGAAUCACUCACACUCCUGCAAUAGUUGCAAAUAAACAAGCGUCAGCUUCUCAUAUGGCCCUUAUUACUAAUAAAUCUACAUAUAUUUCCAUGUGUAGUAUUGCACACUGACCUCUCCCUCUCUUAGCAUGCUGAAAAAUCAUGCAAAUUUGUUCACUUGUCGAGAGAUUUUUAAACGUAUAAAGUGUGGUAAUGAAACUGGUUUGGGUGUUGAUAAUAUUGGUUUUGUUUUCUUCAUUUUUUUUUCUUCAAAUCUCUCAGAAGCAACUAACUUUAAAGUUCACCAAGGCAGUUACAUUUGUUGCGAUACAAAUUGGAUGUUUUAAGUAAUAUGUGUAAAAAAGGCAAAUCUUUUCAAUAAACUGAGGAGUUUCUUUAGUUUCAAUU